CCUUAUAGCCUCGACUUUGGCACCAGUACAGACUUUAAGCAGCCGAGUCUGCCCUGCCGGAAAAAAACUCCUACAUAGUUGCCAAAGUCAGAACACUAGGCAGGUUUAAAGGUGGGACAAGUUAUAUAUUUUUUUAAACUACCGGUAGCUAUGAGCAAGGACAAGCAGUGCAAGCAGGUGCCGGAGUCCAUCGAGCCUGUGUCCCCAUCCAAAGGCCAGAAACCCCCCAGGAUGCCAAAAUGCUCCCGCUGUCGGAACCAUGGAUAUGUGUCUCCUCUGAAGGGACACAAACGCUUUUGCAACUGGAGGGACUGCCAGUGUCCUAAAUGUAAACUGAUAGCAGAGAGGCAGAGAGUUAUGGCGGCACAGGUUGCUCUAAGAAGGCAGCAGGCUCAGGAGGAAGAGCUUGGGAUUUGUAGUCCAGUAGCUCUGGCUGGCCCUGAGGUGAUGGUGAAAAAUGAAGCAGGACUGGACUGCUUGUUCUCUGUGGAGGGAAGAUCUGCAACACCCGGAAGCACCUCCGCAUCUUCUCUGGCUGUCCCAGGAGCUCGCUCAGCUUCAACCCCCAGCCCAACUGCUGGUUCCCGAGCACAUACUGAGGUAUCAUCAGACCUGCUGCUGGAAACCUCCUAUUACAACUUCUACCAGCCUUCACGCUACCCUCCCUACUAUGGCAAUAUCUACAACUACCAGCAAUACCAGCAGAUGCCUCAUGGUGAUGGUCGCCUGUCCACCCACAAUGUGUCUUCUCAGUACCGCAUGCACUCCUAUUACCCUACAGCCACCUAUCUGACCCAGGGCCUGGGCUCCACCAGCUGUGUGCCGCCCCUCAUCAGCCUGGACGACAACAAUAACAGCAACAACAACUGCUCUGAGACCAUGGCAGCCACUUUCUUACCUGGAGGUGUCACUUCUAGCCUCGACUCCACCAUAACCUGCAGAUCCAUUAGCUGCCUGGUCAACUCUGAUGUCAAUGGAGAGUGUGAGGCCAGCAGCGAGGUGCCAAAUUUUACUGUCAACUCCAUCAUGGAUGGUGAAGCUACCAAAUAAGAGAAGUUAAGAAUAACAUGACACAAUAAGGCAUUAUGGAAUUACAUGUUCCUUAAAAAGUGCUAAUGUUGCUGCAGGUUUCACAGCUUCUGUUCAAAAUGCAUAAUAACAUGUUUCUUGUCUGUGCUUCUAUUGUAGUUCAUUUUUAGCCUUGAAGCAGUUAAAUCUUCUUCUGAAGCCAAUUUACCAGAAUGUUAAAUGUUUGCUAAAAUAAUGUGCUAAUUCACCAAACCAUAAAAUGUCUGUUUGACUAGACAGAAUCUGAGUGCACUGACAGUUUAUCAUAUGGCUGAAUACACUGUGAAUAACACUUGAUUAGAAUAAUCAAGAUUUGACAAGUUUUCCGAACUAGAGUGAUGUUUGUAUCUGUGAAGUUGAACAUUUGUUAUAACCCCUAAAGCAACAGCUUGUGCAAAGUUAUGUGUUUUGAAAAUGACAGAAAAAGUCAAGCAAAAGUAGAAUAAUGGCUUUUGAAUUCGACGUCUGCAGUUUUUCCAUCAUAGAAUCAGAAGCUAAACAGGGCAGAAGUUGCAGCUUUGACAUUUACAACACAGGCUUAUUGUUUAGUUAAAGAUCUGAAAAUUGUAGUACAUAAUUUUUUAGGGAAUUCUGAAUCUCUUGUUGCAAUUUUUAGAGUUGGAAUCUGGAUAAAUGGGGUGUAGCGCUGCUCAAGUUUCUUUUAAAUUCCUGGAAGUGUACAUACAUAUAAUGUGUGUUUUUUAUUAAUUAGGUAUUAAACUUGACUCUUGUCUUUACCGUUAGUGGUUUGGAGGUCAAAAGAUGUCUAGACAUUUUAUUUGUGACUAUUUUUUUCUAUGUUUUUGUCUUUUUUAAUACAUACUGCCAUCUUUGAUUGAAAGUAUCGGAUUUGUUUUUUUUCUGUAAUGCCUGUCAGUAAUGCCAUUGUGCACUUAGACUCCCUGACGUAAGCCACUUGAAGACUGUUUGAAAGAAGUGAUGCAGCCCCUGCCAGAUGCAUGAAUUAAUUGCUUAGGCUACAUGAAGUUUGAUUGUAUAUAAUACAAAGAGAAAAUGGGCCUACGUCUUCUUCAAUUAUCUCACUAAAGCUUGGUCUGUUGGAAUACUGAACUACCAUUAGGUCUCUUUGAAAAUGAGACCUUUCUUUCAAAUAACUGCUAAAAUAAGCUUUUUCCCUGGUAUAAAUGAAUGUCCCACUAAAUGAAAGUUUAGAAAAUACCUCUCACUUUGGUCAUAAGAGACACUGAGCUUCUCCUGUAGGAUAAAGUGUGACUCGAGGGCUUGCAAGGAAUAAAGGGAAUCAUGUUUCCCUCAGCUGUGUUGAUGUGUGAUGAGAACCCUCUGCUUGUUUAUGCCACUUAUCUAGUGGCAUCAUUUAUACCAGAGAAUCUACAUCUUUAUUGAAUUUUUAACCCCUUCAGACCAGGAGUUACUCUUAUUGAAGCAGCCGCUGUGUCAAGCAGUUGAUCAUCCAAUGAGUGGACUGAGAAAAUAAGAACAACUAAUGUUAGAAUCUUGCUAUAAACUUUAAAAGUUUUACAAGUGAAGUGCCUUAAAAAUGUAAGACUUUAAUCUUCUCAAAUGUUAGAACCUGCUGCUUUCCCUUGAAUAUAUUCAGGAUGGAUUUUAUUCAGAAAAAUAAGUUACCAAAUUUGCAAAGAAUUGCAAAUGUUUAGUUGCAGCCCUUUGUUUAUCUCUACUUUUUUAUUGAGCAGAUAACAGUCAUGUUUGCAGUGUUAUUUUUUGUUAAAGUUGUCACCCCCACAAAUAAUAGUCAGCCUUUACCUUAUGAAAAAAUGAUGUAAAUUCCACAUCUCCUACCUUUAAGUUGUAUUUGCCAUUUUUUUCUGCCUCUGUGAAGCUGACUAGUACACCACUCUACUGCAUAUUGUUCAUGUAUUUUUUGUUUUAUGGAGAUUCAUUUCACUAUGCAUGUUUUCCAACUGUUUAUGUUUGAAUAAGACAGCAACAAAAAUAAUUUGGAGUCUUGGA